CCAUACUUCGUUGUGGCUUCACGUUGCUGCUGCUCCUGUGGUGAUUCUCGGCUUCGUGCCUUUGUCUCCUGCCUGGUACGCACCAGCCAUGCAACUCCUUGACUGCAUGAAACCAUAUUGUAACGCCACCUACCUCACGCCACCCCGUUGAGAGCAUCGCCGCGAGGCUGCAGUGGACUGAAGCGCGGCGGAUUGGAGCCCUGCAGGACUGAAGAGACAGACGCAAACAGGAUCUACCAAAUUUUCCUACAACAUGACUACAAGAGUAUAUUGCACUUGCUUUCCAAGUCUUCUCUUCUUACCGUCUCAAAAUUCUCUCCAGGCUCUUUGUUGCUGCUUCAAUUUGGAGUUUUGGACCUACACGCCACGGUUGCCCUGCCCGCUGCCCUUCUCGCCAUGUCUGCCCCCGCAUCCCAGCCUCCUCCGCCUCCCCCGGAGUCCUGGAAUGAGGACCGUGGGCCCGCCUUCAAGGCUUUUGCCAUCGCCAUGACAGUGGUUACAGUUCUUUCAAUCGUUCUCCGCUUCUGGUCCCGAAGUCUCGUGGCCCCGCAUAGUCAUACCAGAAACCAGCGUCGCUUCUGGUGGGAUGACUGGGCGGCUCUGGCGUCUGUGCCGUUCAUCCUCACCAUCUUCGCCUUGGCGUUCGCCUGCCUCCCGCUCGGACUUGGCCGCCACGUCUGGACACUCGAGACAGAACACUUGUUCACGAUUCUGAAGUUCAUCUUCAUCAUCUACUUCAUCUACGAUGGCGCCCUGUUCCUGACUAAGCUAUCUGCAUUGCUAUUCUUCAGCCGCGUUUUCCCCGCGCAUGCCAACUCAGCUUGGUUCAACAUUAUCCUCUACGUGACCCAUGGCCUCAAUGUGGCUUGGUUCCUCGGCAUCGUCUUUGGGACCGUGUUCAUGUGCAAUCCCAUUGCUAGGAACUGGAUUCCCAUGCUUGAAGGUACCUGCGGCUCGACGACAGGCCUAUGGUAUGGCAGCGCGAUUCCGAGUGUUGCUAUCGACCUCAUCAUCCUGCUAUUGCCCCUUCCAAAGACCUGGGGCCUUCAGACGAGCCUGGCACGGAAAGGCGGCAUUGUGGCAAUCUUCCUGCUGGGAUACUGUGUCGUCGUCGUGUCACUUGGACGUUUGAUCACCCUUGUGAAAUCCGGAAAGGCGCUCGACGACGACAUCACCUAUGAGGGUAUGCCCGUCAUCUACUGGGUGGCCGCCGAAUCCCCCAUUCUCCUCCUUGGCAUUUGCCUUCCAGCCAUGUUGCCUUUGGGCCGCCACAUGGCCAGCUCCUACUUCUCGCCUCUCAUGAGCAAGGCAUCCACGCUAUUGAGCAGCCGAAGAAGUGCCAACCGCAGUGGCAACUUCUCCUCUAUCCCGGGGAAUCACAGCGUCCAGUCAGGCAUCGCCAAAAAAAGAAGCAAUCAUGAUGCCGAUAAUGGAGACACGGAGCUGGGGAGUGUGUCCUCCAUGGAUAGCCAGCGUGGUGUUCUGCGCGUGACCCCUUACCACGACGCCCACACGGCCCGGGUGCGCGUGGGAGACGCGGGAGACAGCCUUGGCCACGCUCAAGUUCCUAACCGCUCCAUCCGGGUUGAGAAUGCUGUCACGGUCAGUCGGCAGGGUCUGUAGGAAGUAGGAGAUGUCUAGAUUGUGAUGGAAAUACUUUGCCGCGUAACACGUCGCUACAGUGCUAUAGGAUCUAGCUUGUUCAGAAUCUCGUCAUGUUGUAGCUAGGUAUUCAGCUUUAGUACUCUACUAUAGU